AUGUCGACCCACAAUCUAGAUCGCGAAGACGAAGAAGAGGUGGCAAGACCGGCAAAGCGAUCCAGAGUGCUUGUGGCUUGUCAGAGAUGCAAAGGGCGGCGCCAGAAGUGCGACAAUGCUGUGCCUGCUUGUUCAAAUUGCGCUCGGUCAAAAACCAGUUGCACUUACCCCGAGAACGCAUAUCCCACGUCAUAUGUGAAGCAACUAGAGGAUAGAGUAGGCAUUUUAGAAGCAAGACUUCGCGAUGUCGACCCAAGUCAAGCCAGCGAUCACAUGGACACUAAUGACCAAACGACUCCUCAAAUGACAACACCGUCGUCGGUACCUGGCCAGCCAUCCUCUCUUCCAGCACCAACAACGGGAUUGGCUUCUGGCAUGGGCUUGCUAUCUUCCUGUGCUGCUGCCGAACCACACUACUUUGGAUUUUCUUCCGGUCUGACGCUUGCACACUUUGUGGAAGCAGCUAUAGGGUCCGGUAGCAAUGCUUCGGCUAUUAAUCUUCCGUCCCUCGCCGAUAGACCUUUCUCACACCAAGUGCCCACAGCUCAGACACCACAAGCACCAGUGCCAACCAGGUCGCUCGGGAGCAAAAUGAUCAAAGCCUAUCUCUCGACUGUGCAUCCUCUCUAUCCCUUUCUGGACGAAGACAACAUCUGGCAGAUGCAUCGCACACUCACAAAUGAUGCAUCAGAUUCUGUAAGCGGACCUGACUUGGCCAGGUUGCACCUGAUAUACGCUAUCGGAUCACGUUGCAUACAGCUUUUGAAGCCGAGGAAGGUGAAGAGAGGCCUUCCAGAAGAGCAUCUCAUGUCGGCCAUGCAACAUAUUCCUGAAGCGCUGAAGUUUACUAGUAUUCAUGGAGUUGAAAUCACUCUGUUGUUAGCCAUCCAUUCGAUGAGGUCGCCAUCAGGCGCUAGCGUGUGGCAUCUCUGUGGUCUCGCGAUGAGACAGUGUCUUGAAUUGGGAUUGCAUAGACCCAGGCCUCAUCAGGUCCACCUCUCCAGCCUCGAGCAACGAAGGCGAAGAUUGUUCUGGAGUGUUUACAUAUUCGAACGCAAGAGCGCUCUCGUGCUUGGUCGGCCAUUUGCAGUUUCGGAUAAGGACAUUGAGACUCUACCACCCAGCACUAGCGACUCGACAGAGGUCUUUGGAUCACCUGCGGUGGUCCGACAGCCGCAAGAUACUUGGUUGACUGUUCAUCGCCACCAUAUAUACCUCUACCGAAUACACAGCAAGAUCAGGUCUGCCCUACGCUGCCUCAAAGAUACGGAUCGGUCGCACAAGACCAAAGACAAGGUAGCAGCGUGCUUGAAGAAACUGGAUGACUGGAAGGACAACGUUCAUGAAGACCUUGGUUCGAGACUUUCGCUCCCUUCGUCCGAGGAGAAUAUCGCGGCGACGCGGUCCUCUAGCGAUUCUUCCGAAUCAGACGACGAAAUGGUCAAGCCUUUCAUAAGAUCCGCCAACCUCGAUCGGGCGGAGCUCAUGCUGGAGUUCCACAAAGCACGAAGAUCUCUUCUACAGCCAUUGUUAACCGAAUCUGGCUCAUUUUAUACGCCAACUGUAGCGGAUUUUGCAGCUUGCGCGGAUGCUUCUGGUCAGAUCUGUCAGUUGUACAGGCAGUUACACCGUAUCUCCGCCCUGCCCUUUACUCUCCGAGAUCUUCACGCAGUCUUCAUUGCUGGGUUCACCUCCAUAUAUUGCAUGGCAACCAAACCAGCUCUGUACACUGCUCGUCGUGCUAGCGAGAUAGGAGCCUGCUCAACAGUUCUGUACGUUAUUACCGAACAAUGGAGCAGCGCUUCUAGGUAUCGUGACGCUUUCGAGGCUGUUGCAGAAAGACUUGUCGAAUUAGUGAGCAGGUCAGAAAACACCGAAACGAGAAAUGCUCGAGACAGUUAUGAAAUAGUGCACGACUCAGCACUGGCGCAGAUCGAAACUAGAAGUAUCAGAAGAGACAAUGGCCUGCCACCGAAUGACGUACAACCGCAGGAGACUGUGCAGACUUCCAGUACUUUCUGUGAUGGCAACAUUGGAGGCGACUUGUCUCUAUUCGACUCGAACACAGGAUACGACGAAGUCCGUGAACUUCUUCUCAAUGAAGGUUUGGACUGGUUUUCUGGUCUCGAUUGGCUACCGGACUCUGCGAUCAACUGA